UUAAUAGAGCGUUGACAGUCAGUGGUAGAAUGUAACAGAGAGAUAUGAAUGUAUGGAAGUAGAAUGUAAUAGAGGGAGAGAUAUAAAUGUAUAAACGUUACUCUGUAACAGUUACUCUGUUUUGUUGCGGCUUGUGAACGGUCUGUCCUUCAAUGUUAUCAGUUGAACGGAGCUUUACUGGAGACUCAGACGAUGAAUUACGUGGGACAGUUGGCGGGGCAAGUGUUUGUGCAGGUGAAGGAGCUCUACAGAGGUCUGAAUCCUGCCACACUGUCCGGCUGCAUUGACGUCAUCGUUGUCCGGCAGCCAGAUGGAGCUCUGAUUUGCUCUCCCUUUCACGUACGCUGCGGAAAGAUGGGUGUUCUGAGAUCACGAGAGAAAGUGGUGGACAUCGAGAUCAAUGGGGUACCUGUUAAUUUACAAAUGAAACUGGGAGAGAACGGAGAAGCUUUCUUUGUCAAGGAGACAGAAGACAAUCAGGAAGUGAUUCCAUCACACCUGGCCACGUCUCCCAUCCCAUCUGAUGGGGGUGUUCUGAUGGGCUGCUGUGCAGAGAAUGGAGUGUUAAAGAAAAGGAGGAAGAGGAGAAAGAAGUGUAGAGUGGAGGGUGUAAAGAGAGAGGACAGCAUAGAGGAGUUCUCAGAAGAGGAGGUGUUUAACAUUGACAUCAAUGACAGUGAGCUGCCUGAUGAGAACAGGAAAGACUUGAAGGGAAGCUCAUCCACUGGAUACAAUCAAAACACAGUUUAUGCUCGUUCAGAUGGAGAGUGGAGUCCUGUACACAGUCCUAAUGUGUCUCGUCCCAGCACCCCUAAGAGUGACUCUGAAUUGAACUUUAAAGGGCAACAGGAGGAUUCAGCCAUGCUGUGGUCCUGGGGUGAACUACCGCAAGCAGCCAAGCCAUCGUUUCUGUCAGCAAAGCCAAACCUUUUGCCAGUGUCUGUCCCCGUCUCUGACAACACACAUUUCAGAGUCAUUCCUGAGACUGCUGCCCAUUGCCAUGAUGACAUGAGAUCACACACUGAUGGCCAAUUAAACAGAGCAAAAGAGUUUAAAAAGCAGGAUGUGACAUCAGUAGCAACUGUGAUGUCAGAGGUUGAUGAGAGUGGAGAAAAUAUUGGACCAUGGCCACAAAAUAAGACAGAUUCUCCCUCUAAAAGAAAAGAUAAGAGAAGUCGCCAUUUGGGGUCAGAUGGCGUAUAUUUGGAUGAUAUAACAGAGCUGGAGCCAAAAGUCGCAGCACUUUACUUCCCUAAAAGUGGUUCAGAGCAUUCGUGCGGUGAGAAUGGUCUUCGCAGUGUGACCGUUUCUCCUCAGUCCAUGUGCAGCUCAGGAGCGGACAGUGGAGUGGACAGUUACGACCUGCCCUCUAUCGCCAUCUCUCUGUGUGGAGGACUCACUGAAAACAGAGACAUCACUAAAGAACAUUUCCAGCAAAAGUUUGUGUCUUAUCAGCAGUUUGCAGAGAAUCCAGCUAUCAUUGACGACCCAAAUCUGGUGGUGAAGAUCGGUUCUAAAUAUUACAACUGGAGCACUGCUGCUCCUAUUAUUCUGGCAAUGCAGGCCUUUCAAAAACCACUGCCUAAGGCCACUGUAGAGAGAGUGAUGAAAGAGAAGAUGCCCAGAAACAGAGGAAGAUGGUGGUUUUCAUGGAGAGGAAAAACAAACAGCACCAAACCGGAUUCAGUCUCAGAUGGUUUGGCGUGUGCCGCAGGAGACGAGACCACCAAGAACAGGCGGACAGAUGAGUCCUCCUCCAGUGAUGAAGAUCACUUAUCUGCCAGUCAAACCCCUGUUCUUGUGCAAACAGACCCCGCCUUCUCAGCAGUGGGCGUAUCCUAUCAGAAGACUCUCCGCCUCUCCUCUGAACAACUCGCUAGUCUACAGCUGAAGGACGGUCCUAAUGACGUGGUGUUUAGUGUGACGACUCAGUAUCAGGGCACGUGUCGCUGUCAGGGAACCAUCUACCUGUGGAACUGGGACGAUAAAAUCAUAAUUUCAGAUAUAGACGGUACAAUAACCAGGUCAGAUAAGCUGGGACACAUUCUGCCCACACUGGGUAAAGACUGGACACAUCAGGGUAUUGCUCGUCUGUAUCAUAACAUCAGCCUGAAUGGCUAUAAGUUUCUGUACUGCUCGGCGAGGGCAAUUGGUAUGGCUGAUAUGACGCGUGGUUACCUGCACUGGGUCAAUGAGAGAGGAACAAUGUUACCACAGGGACCCGUUUUACUGAGUCCCAGCAGCCUGUUUUCAGCACUACACAGGGAGGUGAUUGAGAAGAGACCGGAGAAGUUUAAAGUAGCGUGUUUAACAGAUAUUAAGAACCUGUUCCUCCCAAACACUGAGCCCUUCUAUGCUGCGUUUGGGAACAGAGACACUGAUGUGUUUUCCUAUAAGGAGGUGGGUGUUCCCUUAAACAAAAUCUUCACUGUCAAUCCUAAAGGGGAAUUGAUCCAGGAACAUGCCAAGACCAACAUUUCAUCGUACGUGCGUCUGGGCGAGGUUGUGGAUCACGUCUUUCCGCUCCUGAAGCGCAGCAGUUCAUGUGAUUUCCCCUGCAGUGACACCUUCAGCCAGUUUACCUACUGGAGAGAGCAGCUCCCCCUAGUGGACGGGCAGAUAGAGAGCAUGGAUAACAUCACUCGAUGAACAGCACACACACUAAUACUCGCUAUAUCCUGUAUGGAGACUCGGAUAAACUGCACAGAAAAAAGCAAGUCAAAUACAGACAUGGUAUACAAAGUGGUUAGUUCAGCCAAAAGUCCAAAUUAAUUUUUUUAUCCUGAUGUUGUUCCAAACCUGUAUGACGUGAGGGGGAAAUUUUGAACAAUUUUGGCUAUGCUAUUUUUUUUCAUACUGAAAUCAGUGCAAAUAUUUGCAGAUUACACACAAUCACAUCUGGACCUCAGGCAUAGAUGCACUUUCUUUCAAAGAAGUCUUCUCAUUUAAUUUGUGAUGUUUUCAUCUAUAAGUUUUUGUAUAGUUGGAUUUUGAGAAGAGGUCAGUGAAGGAUACAUUCUUGCUUUUUCUGUUUUGUUUUUUUUUUUUGUUUUUUUUUUGUGUGUGGCAAUCACACACACUGUGUUCAUAAACUUAAAGCAUCUGUCACAAAAUAAUAAUUUACUGAAAAACAAUCAUAUCAGAAUAUUUGCUAUAUAUUUACUAUUGUAUAGAGGGAGUUUGUUAAUAUAUGCUUCAACAGAUAAUUUGUGUUUGUUAGUUAGACUGAAUGAUGUUACAUUUUUCAGAGAAACCAGCAAUUCUGUUAGUUCAACAUUUGAAAGGGAGAAUUAUUUUGUACCCAUAUUUG